CAGAGGGGUUUAUAUAUGAGGUAGACUGAGAACUGCUUCAGUCUGCACAUAGACAGACGGACAGACAGGUGUGAUGUGUGUGUUCAGAUGUGUGUGUGUGCUGCUCUGUGUAAGCGUCUGUGCGUGUGUGAACCUGCUGGAUGAACCAGUGAUGUUCAGCGGACCGACAGGAAGUCUCUUUGGAUUCUCCCUCGACUUUCACACCUUCAACAACAAGGUCUUUGUUGUCAUUGGGGCUCCUAAAGCCAACACCAGCCAAUCAGGAGUGACAGAGGGAGGGGGCGUUUUCCUCUGCCCCUGGUCAGCUGGAGGCGGAACCUGUGAUGUCAUUGACUUUGACCUAGAAGGUGAUGAGAACUACAGCAGCUCUGGUUUAUUCUUUCAUACCUUUAAGAGCCAUCAGUGGUUCGGAGCUUCAGUUCGUUCAGUCAGUGACACACAUCUGCUGGCAUGUGCUCCGCUCUUUCAUUGGAACGUUCAGAGUCAAGGAGCGGAGUCAGGGAAAACACCUGUGGGGAACUGCCUGCUACUGGACCAGAGGACAGGAAGCUGCACCUCCUUCUCCCCCUGCAGAGGAACCAUGAUGGAUGGAACAUACAAGCUCAUGAAUAAUCAUAAUGACCAGCGCUACUGUGAGAUUGGCUUCAGCACUGACAUCACCAAGGAGGGCCGGCUGCUGCUCGGAGCUCCAGGAAGUUUUUAUUUCCAGGGGCAGGUCAUCACAGUGGCAGUGAGUGACAUCAUCGCCAGUGGGCGGAGCAAAAAUCCUAUCCCUUCAGUAGCCGGCAUGAGCCAAUCAGAUGAGAGGGGAGACUAUGACCUUUACCGUGGUUACUCUGUGGCAAGUGGUCAACUGACUGGAGACUCAACACCAGAUCAUCUGGUUGGAGUUCCAAAUGACAGAAAUACAGCAGGCAGAGUGCUGAUUUAUGAUGGGCGGAGCAGAGGAUCACUGAUAGUCUCCCACAGCUUCCAGGGAGCUCAGGUGGCGUCAUACUUUGGACACAGUGUGGCUGUAGCCGACGUCAACAGUGAUGGUCUAGACGACGUGUUGAUCGGUGCUCCUCUCUUCAUGGACAAAGUGAUGGAGCAGCUACAGGAGCGAGGACAGGUGCUCUUGUAUCUGCAGAGAAGAGGUUCCUCCUUUUCCUCCCAGCCGGACCAAUCACUGAUCGGCCUCUCUAUAUAUGGGCGGUUUGGCUCCGCCCUCGCCAUGCUGGGUGACCUGGACAUGGAUGGUUACCACGAUGUCGCUGUCGGGGCUCCUUGGUCAGGAGACAACGGGCGAGGCCAGGUGUUUAUUUACCUGGGCAACAUUGAUGGUCUGUCAGCCACACCCUCCCAGGUGAUUGAUAGCCCGUUGCAAAGCAAUAGAAUGGCAUUUGGCUUUACUCUGAGAGGCGGGGCUGAUAUAGACAACAAUGGAUACCAAGACCUGCUGGUUGGAGCAUGGGCUGCAGACCGAGCUUUCCUCUACAGAUCCAGAGCAGUGAUCCGGUCCAGAGUUUCUCUGUCUCUGCUGCCAGACUUCCUGAAUCCAGAGGACAAACUUUGUCAACGAGAAAACACACCUGUGACCUGUUUUGUCAUCCAGGUGUGUGUCCACCUGUCUGGUCACAGAAUCCCACGGCAGACAGUCCUGAGGGUGGAGCUAACGCUGGACAAGAUGAAGCAGCCAAUGGCAAGACGGACAUUGCUCCUGUUGACCAACCAGCCACAGGAGACCGUGAGACUGAUGGUCCAGAGUGAGGUGGGCAUGGCCUGCAUCAAUCAGACCGCCUACUUGAAGUCUGAAGAGGAUGUUCAAGAUAAGUUGAGUCCAAUCUUCAUCAUAGUCAACAUCAGCCUCCUCAACACUACCCAGCAUGCUUUGCUGCACGGACAAACACAUGCAUCUGCACAGACCAGGAUCAUUCUGGACUGUGGAGAUGACAACAUUUGUGUUCCUGACCUGAAGCUGACUGCUGAGCCCCUGUCAGACAGUGUGUUAGUCGGUGGGGAUCAGUCGGUGUUGUUGUCAGUGUCGGUGCAGAAUGACGGUGAGGGAGCAUACGAAACUGAGCUGGUGGUCAGAAUCCCAGAACACACACACUUCCAGAGCAGUCAGGGUGUUAACAGACUGGUAUGUGUUCAGAGGAAGGAAAAUCAGACUGUCAUCGUGACCUGUGACCUCGGCAACCCCAUGAGACAAGGAUACGCUCUGCAGACAGGUCUUCUGUUCAGUGUGGGCCAUCUGGAGGAAGUGGAGAGUCACAUCACCUUCAAUCUGAAAAUCAGGAGUAAGAACUCUGUGAACUCCAGCAGUAACGAGGUCUCAGUGGAGGUGCAGGUGAAAGCUGAGGUGUCACUGGAGAUCAGAGGUGGCUCCUCCCCUCCAGAGGUGGUCCUGCCUCUCCCUGAUUGGCUGCCUGCAGAGCAUCCUGGGAGUUUAGAGGAAGUGGGUCCACUGGUGGAACAUGUGUACGAGCUGAGGAACCAGGGUCCCAGUGCGGUUAACGCCCGGCUGACAGUGGAUUUCCCCUCCACCUGGCGACAUCACUUCCUGCUCUACGUCUUCUCCAAUGCCUCAGAAGAAUCACUGAGCUGCAGGACCCUGAAUGCUUCGCAGUUAGACCCCUUCAAGCUGCUCGGUAACUCGUCCAGAGUGUCUGAAGUUUUUCCGUUGAUCCAGCAGGAGGAGACAAACUCACACAGUCAAACUGUUCAUGUGAACUGCAGCAGCAGUGACACGGGGUGUAUCAGGUUUGUGUGUGAUGUCAUGGCGUUGGGGCGGAGCUUCAGUGCUGUCAUCCGAAUAUCAGCCAGACUGUGGACUCACACACUUGCACAGACUCCCUACCUGAACUAUGAACUCGUCUCCUCUGCCUCCUAUGAUGUCAUCAACGCAUCAUCAAAGGUGCAGUUGCUGCUGCUGCCAAGUGGACACACACAGACUCAUCUCAGUGUGUCAUGGCGUCCUCCCGAUGGAGAGAAAAACAUUCCUGUUGGCUACGUCGUCCUAUCAGUUGUCUCUGGACUUCUUCUCCUGAGCAUGCUCAGUGUCGUCUUCUGGAGGCUGGGUUUCUUUAACCGUACUCGCCCCCCCACUGAUGACGAUGAAGAUGAAGAGCAGCGUCUGGCUGAGGAGAGUCACACAGCUCAUAUUUCUGAUGCUUGACUGAUCUGAUAGCAAAUAUCAGUAUCUUAACUUGUAUUCAACAAUGACUUUAUUGAUCUAAUCAAACUGUCAUGAAUGUUUAUGAUGAAAUGUAUCAUUAAAACAUGAUUUAACUUCUGUUCAACACGUGUUUAUUAAUAAAGUUUGUUAAUGGAA